ACAGCGCUGCCCGGGCCGGAGGGGGCGCGGAGCCGAGCCGGGCGGAGCCGAGCCGUGCCGGGCAGAGCCGCUGCGGGGGGCGCUGCGCUGCGCCGCGGCUGUGAUUUCCAAUUUUUAAUCGCAGCUGCAUUUCCCUCCCCCCGCCCCCCCCCGCGCCGAGGAGGAGCCCCGGCUUUAUGUGGUGCUGCCCGGGGAGCGCUCGGCGGCCCUGAAGUGCUUUGUGUCGCCGUCGCCUUCUUCUUCUUCUUUUUUUUUUUUCUUUUUUUUUUUUUAAUUUUUUUUUUUUAAAUGUAUAACUUAAUGGGUCUGAACAGCACGGCCGUCGCUAUUCAGCCCAAUGUGUCCUGCACAUGCAACUGCAAAAGGUCUUUGUUCCAGAGCAUGGAGAUCACGGAGUUGGAGUUUGUACAGAUAAUCAUCAUCGUGGUGGUGAUGAUGGUGAUGGUGGUGGUGAUCACCUGCCUGCUGAACCACUACAAACUCUCUGCGCGAUCCUUCAUCAGCCGGCACAGCCAAGGGAGGCGGAGAGAUGAGAAUCUGUCAUCAGAGGGCAGCCUGUGGCCGUCGGAAAGCACUGUGUCGGGGAGCGGGAUGGCUGAGCAGCAGAUCUACACCCCGCGGCCCAGCGAGCGCCUGGCGGUGCCGUCCUUCCUGCAGCGGGACCGCUUCAACAGGUUCCAGCCCACCUACCCCUACCUGCAGCACGAGAUCGACCUGCCCCCCACCAUCUCGCUGUCGGACGGUGAGGAGCCCCCCCCGUACCAGGGACCCUGCACUCUGCAGCUGCGCGACCCCGAGCAGCAAAUGGAGCUCAACAGGGAGUCGGUGCGCGCGCCCCCCAACAGAACCAUCUUCGACAGUGACUUGAUAGAUAACUCGGUGUACGGGGGGCCGUGCCCCCCCAGCAGUAACUCUGGCAUCAGCGCGACCUGCUAUGGGAGCAAUGGCAGGAUGGAGGGCCCGCCGCCCACCUACAGCGAGGUGAUCGGGCACUACCCCGGAGCCACGUUCUACCAGCACCAGCAGAACAACAGCGGGGUGCCCUCGCUGCUGGAGGGCAGCAGACUCCAUCCCUCACAAAUCAAUGGCCUUGAGAGCACAACGGCGUGGAACAAAGAGAAAGAGAAACAGAAAGGGCACCCCUUUUAAAAAAGGAAGAAGAAAAAAAAAAGAAAAAGAAAAGGAGAAAAAAAGCAAAGUCGGUGAAACACUCUGCACUUCUGGUGGCAAGGAAAAAGGAGAGGGAUUGGGAGCUGAGGAAGAUGAGCAAAGGAAAAAAAAAAAAAAAAA